AUGGCAACUGCAACAACGACAUCAUAUUGUUUCAGGUGCCAACACCACCCUGAGCCGGGUGAUGGGCCCCUAAAGCGGUGCAGCAAGUGUCGCGCACGCCAUUAUUGCUCCCAAGAAUGCCAACGCAACGACUGGCCAACUCACAAACAAGAAUGCGACAUCCUCGCAGCGGGAGGACAAUCCGGGCGCAUGAGAUCGACGUUCCGCAUGAUGGGCUUCCCAAAAAUGGGUGACGAGCCCGCCUUGGCUGACCCAGACACAAUCUACUACGUCAAAACCUCCAAACCGCACAUCCACCGUGUGACAGUUUCAGGGCCAUACUAUCCGCUGCAGAACAUCUUCCCACCGCUUCUCAGGCAGCUACGGGACGCAGGCAGCGUCGAGGGCGAGCGCACCCUCGACGACAUCGUCUACGGCGGUGGUGACGAAGCCCUCCUCAGCCUGCAGUAUUUCCACGCGCCCUUGCCCGAUGGGAACAUUAUGAAACUCGAGCUGAUCAGAGAGCAAAACGCCCAAGUCGCGCACAGUCUUCCCUGCGAAGUCUGGAAUAUCUGUGUGAACACAACGACCGGAGACGAAGACCUUAUGGAGACUCUCGGGCAUCCACCAGUCUCGGACAUGGAGGUCUUGGAGUCAUUCGUGUCAAAGGACGAAGCACAUGCAGCCGCGAAGGGAUACCUUCAAAGACUGAAGGCAGAGAUGGGGCCCGAUGCAGUCCUCCACGAAGGCGAGAUGGACGGUCUGCUCCAUGGCGAUGUUGGGCUGCCUGGGAGUGACGAGUUCAAGAUACUCGAGGUCAAGCACCAAAAUGUGACGGUUUAUGACUGGGAGGCGGCACAGGAACAUGUCCGUAGGGUGCGGGCCAUGACUCAGAACCAGGAGGCGCCGACGCCUGAGAACUGA